GCUGCUGCUCUGCUGCCUCGGGCCGCUGCUGUGCGGCGCUGCGGGGCGGAGCCGGGCGCCUCGGGAAGCGGAGCCGGGCGCCGCCGCGCCGGGGAUGCCGCCGGGUAGGGCAGUGAGCGACCUCUCCAGGCAGUACGUGGCCUGCCGGCUGUGGCGGGGGGGCUGCGAGCAGCCGCAGGAAGAGGCCAGCCGGGAGCCGCAGGGUUGGAGCUUGCCCCUGGUGGGUCAGGAUUAUCUGGAGAUCCUUUCCAGCUGGUACUGCAGCUUUGGAAAGUGCUGCGAGACAGGAGACUGCAGAAUAGCCAACAACAUCACAGGGUUAGAGUUGGACCUGAGCAGGAGGCUACAUGGGCAGCACUUGGCAAAGGACGUCAUUCUGAAAGCAGUGCAAGGCUUCCUGGAGACCCCACAGCCGGAGAAGGCUCUGGCUCUGUCGUUCCAUGGCUGGUCUGGCACUGGGAAAAACUUUGUGGCCCGGAUGAUCGCUGAUCACUUGUACCGAGACGGGCUGAAAAGCGAGUGUGUUAAAGUCUUUAUCUCGCUCUUUCACUUCCCACAUCCCAAAUAUGUGGACUUGUACAAGGUUCAGCUGAAGAAGCAGAUAAGCGAAACAGUGCAGCUCUGCAAGCAGUCAUUGUUCAUCUUCGAUGAGGCAGAGAAGCUUCACUCUGGCCUGCUGGAUGCUAUCAAACCCUAUGUGGAUCACUAUGACAGCAUCGAUGAGGUGGAUUACAGGAGAUCCAUUUUCCUAUUCCUCAGUAACAUUGGUGGGAACAUCAUCAACCAGGUGACCCUGGACUUCUGGCGAGCUGGACGGGCCAGGGAGGAGAUCACCAUGGAAUACUUGGAGCAGCACCUACACCUGGAGCUGCUUGAGUCCACAGAUGGUGGCUUUGCCCACAGCCACCUCCUUGAAGAGAACCUCAUUGACUUUUUUGUGCCAUUCCUGCCCUUGGAGAAUCGCCAUGUGAAGCUGUGCGUUCGGGAUGCUUUUCUGGCCCGCAGUCUUCCAUACACUGAGGAGGUGCUGGAUGAGGUGGUCAGGAUGAUGGUGUUCAUCCCCGAGGAGAAGCUUUUCUCUGCACAGGGUUGUAAAUCUGUCUCUCACCGCAUCAACUAUUUCCUACCCUGACCCUGAAUGUGAGGGGGAACUGUACCAGUGACCAGCAUUGCUACUUGCUGCAGAAUGAGACCUGCUCCUCUUGCAUGAGCAGAUUGAAAAUUCACCCGCUUGCACAGU